GAGUUUCGCUUAGUUGGGAUCAGCUCGAAUAGUAUGUCGCCAAUGCCUGCCACUAAAGGUCAAUAUACAUAACAUCAAAUCUUCAUAGUUCAACUUCAUUUUGUCUACAAAAGCCACCAGUCCUUCAAAAUUUUCUACUUCACAAACUCAAAUCAAAGGCCAGAGACUCCCCAAAGCCAAAAUGCCGUUAACCACCACCGUUGAUUUGCUCAUCCUCUUCACUUCCCUCUUCUUCAUUUCUUGUUCAUCAUCUCCUCUCUUCCCCAAUGAAGCUUUCCCGACCAAGUCCGGUUACCUUCCCGUGAACCCCGCCACCGGCUCCGCCAUUUUCUACACCUUCUAUGAAGCACAAACACCCACUUCGCAACUCUCAGAAACCCCACUUCUCAUUUGGCUUCAGGGUGGCCCUGGCUGCUCCUCCAUGAUUGGUAACUUUUUUGAACUCGGCCCCUGGCGCGUUAGUGAAAAUGUCGAACAUCUUAGACUCGAACCCAAUUCGGGCUCUUGGAACCGCAUCUUUGGCCUUCUUUUUCUUGAUAAUCCCAUUGGAACUGGUUUUAGUUUUGCUGCAAGUGAUACCGAGAUCCCAAGGGAUCAAAUUUCUGUUGCUAAGCAUCUUUUUAAAGCCAUUAAUGGGUUUCUUGAAGCUGAUCCCUUGUUUAAAAACAGACCUCUUUAUGUUACUGGUGAGAGUUAUGCAGGAAAGUAUGUUCCUGCAAUUGGGUACCAUAUUUUGAAGAAAAAUAUGCAGCUGCCAGAGUCUAAAAGAGUGAACUUGCAAGGAGUUGCCAUUGGUGAUGGGGUGACAGACCCAGUAAUUCAAGUCAAUACUCAUGCUAUGAAUGCUUAUUUUUCAGGUUUGAUCAAUGAGAGGCAAAAGAGGGAAAUGGAGAAAGUUCAAUGGCGGGCAGUUGAGUUAGUCAAAAUUCGAAAUUGGAGUGAGGCAAGAGAUACAAGAAAUGAGAUCUUGCAUUUGUUGCAAAACAUGACUGGUUUACCCACUUUGUCUGAUUAUAGUAAAAAGGCUCCUUACCAAACAAAAUUGGUGACUAGGCUUAUGAAUAUUGGUGAGGUUAAAAAGGCCUUGGGGGCCAAAGAGAGCAUAGUUUUUGACACAUGUAGUGAUGUUGUGGGGGAUGCAUUGCAUGAAGAUGUGAUGAAGAGUGUGAAACCCAUGGUGGAAUUUUUGGUGAAGAACAGCAAGGUGCUGUUGUAUCAAGGGUACUUUGAUUUGAGAGAUGGGCCAGUGUCAACUGAGGCUUGGGUGAAGACAAUGAAAUGGGAAGGAAUUGAGAGGUUUUUGAUGGCAAAAAGAAAGGUCUGGCGAGUUAAUGAAGAGCUUGCUGGAUGGGUGCAGAAAUGGGGGAAUCUCAGCAAUGUUAUUUUCUUUGGUGCUGGGCAUCUUGUGCCUGCUGACCAGCCACUCAACUCACAGACAAUGAUAGAAGACUGGGUUCUUCAAAAAGGCUUGUUUGACAACAGCCAAUAAGGAACCCUUCAUAAAACUUCUUCCCCUCUUCAUAUUUAGCAUUUUGAUUUGUAAUCUUAUUACCAAAUUAUCAUUUAGUGGUUUUGGUUAGUCGAAUUUCAGGCAAAGGUCCGAAAUGAAGGCACCCAACUCCUCACUUGUCAAUAUUUGGUGCUUCAGCAUCAAAAUUAUAAAUAAAAUCAACUCUUCAUUUCAAAAGCUACAA